AUGUAUACUGUGUCUAUUAGUGAUGAGGGUGACUGUUACCGGUGUUUCCCGCCCGAUCCGGGCAUUGAGACUGCUGCUCUAGGUACUGGUGAGGCUGCUGCCCUAGGUGCUUGCGACGCUGCUGCUCUAGGUGCUAGUGUGUCUUCGUCCUCAGGUACUGGUGAGUCUGCGCUCUCAGUCCUCCCGUGUCCGGCGGCUCCCUCUGGCACCCUGUCUGGUCUCUACCUCCCCUCGUUCUCUACGAACCUGGGGCGCCAGCGUGCUGCCCCUCACUCCUCCCAGUUUCCUCCGACAGAGGCCCCGCUGCAGACGCUUCACAUGGACGUGUGGGGCCUAGCCCGCGUCUGUGGGCAGGGUCACGAGCGCUACUUCUUGCUCGUUGUUGACGACUACUCGCGUUACACCGCAGUCUUCCCCUUGCGAAGCAAGGGUGAUGUCACUGAGGUGCUGAUCGACUGGAUCCGCGCAGCUCGUCUCCAGCUCAGGCAGAGCUUUGGCUCGGACUUUCCUGUUCUGCGUCUGCACUCGAAUAGAGGCGGAGAGUUCUCCUCUGGCCUUCUGCGAGCCUACUGUCGUGCACGAGGCAUCCGUCAGACCUUCACGCUUCCGGACUCUCCGCAGCAAAAUGGGAUUGCUGAGCGCCGCAUUGGCAUGGUCAUGGACAUCGCUCGUACGUCUAUGAUGCAUGCGGCUGCCCCCCAUUUUCUGUGGCCGUUUGCGGUGAGGUACGCGGCGCAUCAGAUCAACCUUCACCCCAGGGUCUCCAGGCCGGAGACCUCCCCUGCCUUGCUGUGGACGGGGAAGGUUGGCGAUUCGUCGGCGUUCCGGGUCUGGGGAUCUCGGGCGUUUGUCCGCGACUUGUCUGCGGACAAGCUGUCCCCUCGUGCUGCUCCUUGCGUCUUCCUGGGGUUCCCCCCUGACGCGCCUGGGUGGUAG